AUGUCGUACUCCAUGUUGACCUUCUGCUUAUUUUCGCUGCUCGCUUUUUCUUCUGCCUGCUACAUCCAGAACUGCCCCAUUGGAGGGAAGCGGUCCGUUCUGGACAUGGAAGUCAGAAAGUGCAUUUCCUGCGGACCUAGGAACCGAGGCCACUGCUUCGGCCCCAACAUCUGUUGCGGAGAAGAGCUCGGUUGCUUCUUUGGCACAGCAGAGACCUUGCGCUGCCAAGAGGAAAAUUUUCUCCCAACCCCUUGCGAGUCUGGAAGGAAACCAUGCGGGGGCAACGGAGGAAUGUGCGCUGCUUCCGGCAUCUGCUGCAAUCACGAGGGUUGCAUGGUUGAUUCCAUAUGUGAUCAAGAAUGA